AUGGAGAAGCAAACCACCAUCGCCUCUUCUUGUCUCUUCCUUUUAUACAUCACCACUUUUACAGAAGUUCUUGAAGCUCAUCAUCACCUUCAUCAGCACAACAUUCAUGGCUCUGUGAAACUUUUCGUCUUCGGGGACUCAUAUGUUGAUACUGGGAAUAUCAGAAAAUCUGUGUCUCCUUCAUGGAAGGAACCUUAUGGGAUAACUUUUCCGGGAAAGCCGGCCGGCCGGUUUUCGAACGGUCGUGUCCUCACUGAUUAUAUUGCUUCCUUUUUGGGCAUAAGAUCUCCGGUGCCUUACGCAUUGGGAAAAUUUGUGAAGAAAUCCAAACUAGAGUCUGGGAUGAACUUUGCAUUUGGAGGCACAGGUGUUUUCGAUACAUUGGUCAGUGGACCGAACUUGACCACCCAAAUUGACUUUUUCGAACAACUGCUUCAACAAAAAGUCUAUGCCAAAAACGACGUCGUUAAAUCGUCCAUUGCUCUCGUAUCAGUUGCGGGGAACGACUACGCUGCUCAUUUUGGUGGACCAGGCAACGACACAAAGGAUUUGGCAAUGUUUACUAAAUCUAUUAUUAAGCAGCUUACUGUGGAUUUGAAGCAUAUACAUGAUUUGGGAGUGCAAAAAAUAGCAGUUACAACAAUAGAGCCCCUAGGAUGUCUUCCCAGCAUAACUUCCUUUCUUUCAUAUCAAAACUGCAAUGAAUUUGCCAAUAUGGCUUCAAUGUUCCACAACCAGAUUCUGCUUCAAAAGUUGGAAGAGUUGAACAAGGAGACAAAGAAUUCGGCAUUUGUCGACUUGGAUCUCUAUAAUGCGUUUAUAUCUGCAGUGAAGCGCCCAAAACAUCAUCAAGGAUAUUCGACAUUCCACAUUAACACACUAAAGCCAUGUUGUGUUGGGGUGAGCAAUGAAUACUCAUGCGGGAGUGUGGAUCAGACUGGUGCAAAGAAGUACAUUGUAUGCGAUAACCCUGAUGUUUCUUUCUUUUGGGAUACGGUACACCCUUCACAGAAUGGUUGGCAUGAAGUUUAUGCCGCUAUAAAACCUUCUCUUCAUCAAUUGUGUUCGUGA